GUGACUAAUAAGUCGUGACAUAGUUUCAUCUACACUGUAGAUUGUAUUAGCUGUUGAUCGUAAUGCCGCGGCACACCCCGUGAGCGCUUACAUAAUACCCAAAAUAGAAACAAGUGAAUGCGAAAAUUGAUAUCCCGUGAUGUUCGUGUCUGCAAGCAUUACCUAUCACGCGGCAGACGCGACUUUAUAAUUUUGAUAUCUACGGGACGAGACUGAUAUGAGCUUUUGAGAAGAGGAUUCUAUGCAGCAAAUACAAACACGUCUUGCUACAUCUGCUAUAUCCUUUUGAAUAUUCCAGACAUGUCUUCGUCAAAGAGGAAUGGAAACAUCCGCCAAUUUUUCCAACAGGCCUCACCUUUGACAUCUGCUCCUCCUACCAAAGCCCCACGCAAUACUAGCCAGAUAGCAUUUGAAUCUCCACUUUCAACCAGCCCACAAUCAUCGGGCCUAGACUUAAAUACUGCUACGGAACCUAUGUCUUCUCAAAAAUCUUCCCCUUCUUUGUCAGAACCACCGACAAGCAUUCCGCAAUCCUCCUCAAACAUUUCAAAUGGCGUUGUCCCAGGUUCAGACGAUGAAGAUGAGGAUGGCUUCUCUGACAGUUCAUUGGAAGAUCUUGACGUUAUAUUCAAAACAAAUCGCACAGCUUCAGUUACUACCUCUUCCUGUGCGCCAGCUCCAGCUACUCCCAGAGCGUCUAGAUCUAGAAAGCCUCCUGUCUCGACUGCUAAGCUUUCUCCAUUGACCCUUAGAACACCACACUAUAAAUUUGACUUGAAACAUCUCAUGGGAAGUGCAGCUGCAGAUGCAGCACUCGAAGCAAAGGAAAGAAGGUUAGAGGAAAUGGUUCAGGAAGACACCGAAAUGGGAGAGGACGAGCCCACCUCGUUCAAGGAUGAUGUACAUGGCAAUAUUCUACGAGAGCUGAAUGAAGAGAAGGAAGACGGUGGGGGGAAGGAAGUUCAAAAGGUUUUGGAUGCUGUUAAGAGAACAGAAGAAAUGAAUGUUGGCAAUCGAUGGUACUUUUUUGAAACCAAAGAAUCUCCUAUGCUGAAGAGACAGCCAUUUCCAACUCCCUCACUGCCAGAGAAUUGGAAGAAUGAUCUCUUUGAACCUCAGACUAGACACCAAACAUUCGUGUCAGGAUUUGCCGAGAAUAUGGUUACAUAUGGAAAGAAGUUGCCCGAUGAGAUCAUCCAAUGGAUUCUCAAUGACUUCUGUAUGGAAGAGCAAAAUGACCUUCAAAAUUCUUACCUCUUCCUUCUAAGAAUAUCAGGGAGACAAGUCCAUGGCCUUGUCACUCCAGAGGUCAUUAGGAAGAUGUUCAGGUCUAUUGGUGCCACAACUACAGCGAUCACUGUAUCUGAAAAAAUAAAACCACGUCCGGAGAUCGCUGAUGCAUAUUCACAUCAACCGUGGCCGAAAGUUCGAGCUUUAAUUAGUCUCAUAAAUCUAAUAGCCAAGCCUCUCCAAGAAGCAUCCAGACUAGAAGUUAUAUGUAUACUUUUAAGGCUAUGCAUCGACCCAAUCUUACUAGAAAGAGUAGACCUCUUAUCAUUAGUACAGAAAGCACUCCAUAACCUUUGCCUUUACAUGGAUCCAGACUCCUGGGAACAAUCCGUGAGCCACCUCCUCCAUUUCAGCCCAGCUUAAACACAAACUAACCUCUGAGCAGUACCAAACAAUCUGCGCCACCCUCUUCAACACCGUUCAACUUUCCUCCCUCCGCCUCCGCAUAAUUAAUUCCAUCCCCCCAACCCGCUCCUCCCGCCUCCACGGACUUCGUCGCCGUCUAGCCCUAACAUUCUACUUCUCCUCCCUCUCAAAAUCCCUUCACCCACCUCAAAAAAUAAUUUCCAUCCCCGCCAUAACUCUCCGCCUCAGAGAACCCCCAUUCCACAUAACCCCAAGCACUGAUUACCACGAGUUUGGUGCCCUGAUUCUCCUGCUAGAUGUCGCUAUUGACGAUGGACGACCCGAAGAUCUGGAUCUUGCGGAUGAAGAUGUAGAGAAACAGUUUAAUAAAGACGUAGAUGAGUUGACUAAUAGACUUACUACUUUUGAUAUCAAGGCCUCGGGUGCACAACAUUCUUCGAGGAUGGAAGCAAAGGAAAAUCUAAGUUUGGUGGAGAGGAGAAUCGAACAUACGGUUCGAACUAGACCGAAGCCGAAAAAUAUGUUUUAUGAAGAGACGAAAAAAUUCUAUGAGAGACGGCAGGAGGCUCUAGGGGGGAUGCAAAAGAGCAUGUCUAACUUUGUAAAGAAAGCAAAUUAAGCAGGUACCGGCCCCAGAACAUAGCCAAGUCACUUCUAAACGAAGCCCUUGGUCAUUUGUAUAUUCUCAAGAUCAAACAUAUUGUAUGCAAUCUUCAUAAUGAUAUUGAUGUUAAUGUAUCAUACACGCUCUACCGACAAAACCUGCAAUAUUGUAUAAUUUGAAUGUGCAAAGCUCCUUUCAUACCCCUCUUCAGACUCGCAAAACACAAUGCUCUUCAUCCAUUAAGCACCUAAUCGUAGAAUUUUCGGUUGACAUUA